AUGUCAUUUGCACCCGCACAACUAGUCGGCGGCCGCGUGCAAUUCCCAGCGUCCCAACAAUCAACAACGAAUCGACUCGGACGUGCCGAUUACAUGACACCAAUGAGAAACAACGCGACUACAGUGGGCAGUACACCCUUGCGCACGACGGUACGCCGUACAACGCAGUUUGAACCCGAGACCAAUUCGAAUCCUUUCACGCCGCGCCCAGACCGUGGCAUUACAUCGGCCGGGUCGCGCACACUCACGCGCUUUGGCGCGUCUGUGGGCAAUGCUGAACGCGGUGGUCGUGGAGGUCUUUAUCAGUUGGGCCUGGCCGGCAACACGAGUGGUGGGGAUAAUGGGCUUACGCAAAGGGGCGUGAGCGGGGAUGGCAGCGAGUACGCCAUGUUGGGCGCUGUGGGCGGAUGGCCAUCGUCAGAGGUCCAGGCGAAUAAUAUUGUAGCGGGCGUUAAUAUCGGUGGUGAUAGUUCGAGGAUACCGUACUCUCGGCCUCGCUCGCCGGCGCCCAGGUCGGCGUCACCCCACAAGAGCUCGAGGAUGCUGCCGUCGUUCUUGUUGGGCUCUGCGCAGACUUCGAAGACGCCUGGUACAGCCACUUCAGCGUACCCGCUUGACUCUGCGCUUUCGUCGAUGCCCACGACCGCCAACUCAUCCUUGAUCAGUGCCGGCACCGCUCGCCCUUCGAUCCAAAUGCCGCUUUCAUCGCGACCCAUGUCUCCUCGCACGUCGCGUCGCGUGAGCGGAUUUGGCUCUAACGAUAUGCUCUCAAGCGCAUAUAUUUCAUCUGCAGUUGCAAAUUCUGGCUCUGUUGCCGCGGGAUUGUCUGCCCUGGACGACGCACCGCCGAUCAUGACGCUGGAUGAAAUAGACGCUGGGAAACCCGCUGUAUUUGACCAGGAUGACCAUCGCGACGCUGCUUUGCCCGCUGCGUCGUUGACCAAUGAGGACCCGUUUGCGCCGCAAUCGGCGGACAACGCUGGUCCUAGCUCUGGUUCUGGCUCUCAAAGCCGGAGUGCUUCUCAGGAGUCCGGAAACAGCCAGGACUACAACGAUGUCAAGAUCAGGUCAGUGGUAAUCAGUGGCUUGCCGGCAGACACAGAGUCCAGCACGCUCAACUAUUUUAGGGAAUUUGGUGAGGUGUUGGCGUUUGACGUGGUGCCGUCGGCGACCUCUAACAGCCUGGCGAUCUUGUACUCCGAGCCCUGGCAGGCACAGCGCGCUAUCAGUCAGGGCGAUUGCAAUGGUCGCGUCCUGCUAGCCGGCCGCACCCUGAUGACCAUCGCUGCCGCAGACUCCACAAGCAUCAACAUACUAUUUGCCCAAGUCUUCCCAGGCCGACCGUUGCCGUCGUCUGCCAAGCCACUUGCCACUGGACCAUUCACUUUAUCAGAGGCAUUAUACGCACAGUCUCCCCGGAAACAACAGCUAUCAGCCCAGUUGCAGGAAGUCGCAGGAGACGGGCACAACGUGUCCGGGGCAGCCGCGAUGGACAUAUCGAUGAGUGCGUCACCGUUUAAGAGAUCAUCUGCUGCUCGUUCGUCGAGCGGGCCGUCAGUAUUCCCCGCCAGACCCUCGACGACACUGGGAUCGUCGGCAUCCAUCUUGAAGGCGCCCACGGCUCCGAAGGCGAGGAAUGGGCUUUUCCAAAGUGCCAUUGAUAUUCUGUUUGGGUGGUGA